UCAGAGAGAGCUCCAAUCAUAGGUAACCUCUGUGUUUGACAAAAACAAAUAACCAGGGGUUCCUUGUAUGGGGCAUCUGUGUGCUGUGUCUCUUAACUAGUAACUUAAGCAAUCUUUCUUUGUCUCUUGUUUUCACAAAUGUGCUAGGAGAACCCACUUCGAAAGCCUGUCAGUAAUGCUCCAGAUGGUCUAUUGCUUUCUUGCAUGGAGAAGAUAGAAAGGACAUUAAAUGCUAAAUCCAUGUUUUCUGUGAUGAAUACGUUGGAACUUUUAUCCAGACAAAAAGGACUUACUGUUCAUGUUAGCCCCAGUGGGACUGCCUGCUACAUAACAUCAACGAUGUUUUAUGUAGAAAUUCAGCUGGAGAACGAUGGAGAUGUGAUGGAUGUAAAGUUGGCUCACUUUGAAGAAGCUCCUGUGGUUUGUGAUGACUUGGUCCAGCUUCUAAGGUAA